AUGUCUGACCCGUCUUACAAAGGAGUCGCAAUAAUUACAGGUGCUGCCGAGGGCAUCGGACGGGGCAUCGCCCUACGACUGGUAUCCGACGGAUUCGACGUUGCGAUCAACGAUAUUCCCGCCAAGAUAGACGCGCUCGAACGCGUGGCCAACGAAAUCAGAACAAACUCUUCCCGGAGAGCUAUAUCUGUCCCCGGAGAUGUUUCGAUCGAAAGUGAUGUGAAAGGCAUUGUUGAGAAAGUGGUGCAAGAGCUUGGAGGACUGGAUGUGAUGAUUGCUAAUGCCGGUAUCGCCGUCAACAAGCCAAUCGCUGAUACAACGGUUGAUGAAUGGGAUCGGCUCUUUUCCGUCAAUGUGCGCGGGACAUUCCUGUGCUACAAGCAUGCUGCAGAGAUCAUGGUCAAGCAAGGCAGAGGUGGUCGGAUAAUCGGUGCAUGUUCGAUCGCCGGAAAGAAAGGUAUCCCGGAAGCAGCAUGUUACAGCAGUACCAAGUUCGCAAUCCGUGGGUUGACUCAGAGUGCAGCGCAAGAGUACGGGAAGUAUGGUAUCACCGUCAACGCCUAUGCGCCUGGCGCUAUUGAGACGCAAUUCCUGGGGAAAUUUGAUGGAUACCACGCCAGCAAAAGUGGCUUGAAGCCUGGAGAAUGGACCGAAGCCCUAAAAGGUGGCGUAGCUCUCGGAAAGAACGGAUCGCCCACCGAAGUCGCAAGCUUGGUUUCGUAUCUCGUCUCCAAAGACGCCCAUUUCAUCACCGGUCAAAGUAUCCUCGUCGAUGGCGGAGGGCUCUUUGAUUAA